UAUGUCCUGGUUGCCAAGAUUCAUUACAUUACUGACAAUAUAUACUGCUGUGGAGCAGGAGUGGCUGCUGAUGCAGAAAAUGUGACUCAGCUCCUGUCCUCAAACCUCCAUAUUCAUGCAAUGAGCACUGGAAGACAGCCGCGAGUCUGCACUGCUAAUAGAAUGCUGAAACAGAUGCUGUACAGAUACCAUGGUCACAUCGGGGCAUCUAUUAUAGUAGGGGGAGUGGAUAUCAAAGGUCCCCAUCUCUACAGUAUAUUCCCGCAUGGAUCAACUGAUACAGUUCCAUUCACUGCACUUGGAUCCGGAUCUGAUGCAGCUAUAGCUGUUUUAGAGGACCGUUUCAAACCUAAUAUGGAGCUGGAAGAUGGGAAGCGUCUUGUCACUGAGGCUAUCACUGCAGGAAUUAUGUGUGACCUGGGUUCGGGGAGUGGAGUGGAUCUAUGUAUAAUUACCAAAGAAGAGGCCCGUGUCCUAAGAGGCCACACAAUCACUGAAACCCGGGGAAAGAGAUUGGCUUCUUAUCGUUAUGCUCGUGGGACAACCCCUGUACUGGGAGAAACCAUCACACGACUGGAGUUGGUAGAAGAAUCUGUUCACAUAAUGGAAACUGAUGAAACAUGCUAGAAAUAAUUGAAUCAUGGUAUAGGUCAAGUUAAUUUGAACUGAAUGGGGGUAUCAAUGUGUUAAGCACCCUCCAGUGAAUAUAAUUACAUAACUUAGACCUUGGGUCAGCUUAAAAGUAGAAGAGAAAGUCGGCAAGCA